AUGUCCGCGGCUACGGUAGUUUCAGGAUCUGUUGCUGGUGGUGGUAACCGAUCAAUACCAGCACGAGUAGUAGUCAGUGAGCAAGAGCGUCAUAAUGCAGAGGAUCUCGCCUUCGACCUAAGGCAGAUGGUCCGAAAUGGUCAUAUUAACGAACCACAGUGCAAGGACCUCAAAGAGCAGUGUGAGCUUGAGUUUAGUCGUUGGGAGUCAUUGGCGCAACAGGCAGCUAACAGGGAGGACUUUGAAGAGUUCGAGCGGCUCACAGAGAUUGCCCACAAACUGGGGGAUGCCCUAAGGGUCUAUGAUGAUGCCAGCAGAGGCGACGCUGGUGACGAUAGCACUCGACUAGACAGAGGCCUCAGUCUUGGUGGCCAGUCUGCAGUAGCCCCUCUAGCUGCCUCUCCAG